AUGAGCCUUAUACUGCGGUCUCGAUUGCGGGCGUCGGUGCUGUGCCGCUGUCGCAUGCCGCUCCAUGUUAAUUUCUCCAGCUCUUUAGAAGAUCCAAAUCACAACGAAACAUCUCCUUUUCCCGCUGCAAACGCUGCUAAACCCAAGAAAAUUCUGUCGAUACGUGCGUCUCCAGCGCAGAAUCUGCGCAACGCCUUGGAAACUCUAGAUGCGAUGAUUGAGGAGGCAGAUCGUAAGGUGGUAAAGAAAUACCGACCGAAUAUGUUUGCAGAGUUUAAGAAACUUAAUGACACGGACGGCAAGGUGCUAGAAGGCUCUGAGACGCUCAUUGAAGUGGCGAAAGCGGAAAAAGUCCCGUCGUUGAAUGUGAGUACUUUGGAAGGCAAGAAGGUGAAUAUACAGAGCUUUGUGACCACGGGAAAGGUCACACUCAUGCUUACAUCCUUCAAGAAUUACGGCCUGAACAUGCUGCCAGCUUGGCGGGAUGGUUUCACGGCUGCUUUGAGUGACAAAAAGGGCAAACUUGACACCCGUGUGCAGACAUUGACACUCAAUGUGAUUGAGGAAUGGUACAUGAGAGUCGUAAGUGGAAGCAUUACGAAAGGAUUGCAAGCAAAGACUCCUAAGGAGUUGCACGCUAUGACAUUUGCAUAUUUCGGACGUUGCGAUGAGUUUCGGACGCCUAUGGCUUUGGACAACAGUUUCGUGGGCUAUGCACAUCUUGUAGAUGCUAAAGGACGCAUUCGAUGGAUUGCUGGAGGACCGGCGACGCCAAAGGAGUUGGAGAGAUUAACGAACGUGACCAAGCAAUUGCUAGCACAAAGCUCACCGACCAGUCGUCGAUAA